AUGUACUCCCCUGAUAGACAAGUCCUAUCAGAAACGUCCAUAUCCCUUGAAGUCAUCGAUAUGGUUCCACUUCUGGAUGCUCAUCCCCCAUACGAGUCUUGCUCUCCAUCACCGCGAAAUGUCUUCAAGGGAGACGAUGACGACAAGAUGGUGUUCAUCCCAUAUUCUGACGACCCCUCCUUUAACCAAGUCGAACAUUCAUCAUGGUAUGAGUCGUUCUCUUGGCAAGAGGACUUCGAUCCGGAUUUGCAAGCCAUCCUUUUGGAGGCCUCGUAUCGGUUACACACUCGACAUGCUUUGGAAUACAAGGAUAUCGAAAAAUGCGGUGUAUUGCCAUUAAAGCUAGCCUCGUGUCCAGGGAAACCCGGUUUGAUCGCCAUUAGCCGUAGGCGGCAAGUUCAUGACCCCCUUAUCUGGAGCGGAAACUCUAUUCCUGCGGGCUGUGUGUUCCCGUCAAUGAACCUACCGUCAAACCUUCGUCAGCGCCUGCAAUGUGUCAGUUCCCUCUUUUGUCCUAACCUCAAUUGCAUGGAACCCCUUUGUAGCGUGCAUGGUAAACUUUUUGCCUCCCCAUCGUGUCGCCGUUGCAGAGCUCAACUGUUAAUCAUAGUGGAAUCGAAUGCCAUGCCCCCUUGCAGCACAUCGUCUAAGCUGGCAACUCAAAAAUGCGAGGACGUACCUUGUUGGAGCAAUAAUGAAAUAGAGUCAUUUCAAGUUAUUUUCGAGAUAGCAUCAAGUCUAUCCCCCUGCAAUCUUUCAGUACUGUGCUUGAAACCUUGUAGCGAGGUGUAUUAUUAUAAGAACCUCCUAAAUCCUGGCGAUCCGGCUGGAACUCGUGUCAACGUCCGCAAUUCAAAGUGUAAGCAAAGUGCAAUUGAAUUUUGUGAUGAUGACUGCAACGAGUUCACUCCCAACGAACCUUGCCGCCAUAGUGGUCCUUGUGACGCAACCAGCAGUUGUCCGUGCUUUCAGAACGGGGCUCACUGCCAACGUAAUUGCCACUGCCCCUCAAAGUGCCUUCGUCGGUUACGGGGCUGUCGGUGCUCUAGAGCGAAAUCCAGUGUCAGCUGCGCGACUGCUAAGUGUCACUGUGUUGAAUCUCGUAGGGAAUGUGAUCCUGAACUCUGUUUGAGCUGUGGAUGCAAUUGUCCGAUGACUCUCGCUGUCCGUGGCGUAGACGAGAUCACGGCAUGUCACAAUUCUCAGAUACAGAAGGGCAUACACAAGGCGCUCGAGAUAAAGAGGAGUCGCUGGGGCCUCGGGGCGUUUCUAACGGAAUCAGUUAAAGGGGGUGACCUUAUCGCAGAGUACGUUGGUGAGCUCAUAUAUGAGCCGACUUUCGACAGUCGCGGCGAAGUUGCUACACACCGCGGCCGAAGCUACUCCUUCAAGCUCGACAGCACAUUCACCUUGGAUUCUUCCUACCUUGGUAACCCUUCGCGAUUCAUAGACCACUCUUCAAGUGCCGUGCAAACGAUGCCACCUAACUGUAGAGCAUAUGUACGUCUCGUGAACGGGGAACACCGAAUAGGAAUCUUCGCACUGCAGGAUUUAGAAUCUGGUUCAGAGAUUUUAAUGGAUUACGGACGCGACUUCUUUUCCAAAUAA